CAUCACUUCCCAAUAUUAUUCCCUGCUUUUGAGGAAGUGACUGUUAGAGAUUUGGUUCAGUAUCAUUAUGUUUUCACAGAAGAAGAAAGCGGUUUUGUUCAUGGAUUCGUGGAAAUGACGCCGCCACGAUGUUGUUCAUGCUGCUGUGCGUUCAAGCAGUCGUCCAAGUAGUGUCUCAGGAGAUGCCAUCACCACCACUACACGUUCAUGUUGAUAAGUGGCUGCUGACAUGGACACCGACUGAAGAAACAAAUGUCACCUACACUGUGCAGUACCUCAGCUUCAGAAACGAUGUGUGGAGAGAUGUUCCUGCGUGUGUCCAGACACCUUUCAAUUCCUGUAACGUGGCUUUCACUAAAGCUGAGAGUGAGCAUGGCUGUGUCUUGCUGCGUGUGCGAGCAGAGAGACAUGAGCUGAGUUCAAGACCAGUCAAGGCCUGUAGCAGACAUGGUGACUCCUGCAGCCCGAAUGUCUCUCUGACGGCACGAUCUGGCUCCCUGACUGUAUAUCUGAGCAGCGACCACAGCAUGGCUCAUGAACACGGAGACCAUGUCAAACAUAGGGUUUACUAUGGCAAGGAAGGAGAGUCCCUGCAGAAAUACAAGGAUGCUAUUUCUUCAGUGACCAUCUCUAACCUGGAAGAGGGACAGCGAUACUGUGCAAAGGUGCAGUAUGUAUACUUUGGUAAACCUAUGGGACUGGAAAGUUGCACCCAGUGUGAGGUCAUCCCCAAGUCCAAGUUUAUUGCUGAUGAACACAAGCCAAAACAAACAGUGGUAAUAAUCAUAGUGCUGGUGGUUUUAUUCCUGGCCUGUCUGAUAUCUGUGAUUGCAUACGUCCUCAUCAUCCAUCCUGGGAGAAUCAAGCGGUGGCUGCGGCCUCCAUGCAAGAUCCCUGACCAUUUUUUCUUCAAGUCAUUUGCUGAGCAUCACGUUCUCAGGAGCAGCACCAUUGAGGAGGAUCACUUUGAUGCCAUUUCAGUCAUUGAAUGAAAGCAGCUGCAUGGUAUGAGACUUGCAGUUGAACUUGUUUGAGAAAAAGAGACUGCGACCUGCUGAUCUGACUCCUCUACAUUUACAUCUCCUCUGCUUCUUCCUGAAGCCGCACUCUGCAGGGACGGCUGAGUUAAACUUGAUGCCGAUGGAUGGCAGCAUAUUUGCACCUUUUUUCAUAGCUAUAUUUGUACAUUUCCUGAAUCAGAAACUGGCAAAUCCAAGCAGAGACAGCGGUCACUCACAGUCACCAUGGUCUCUUUUUACUUUCUUUCUUGGGAGUGAAGUAUUGUUUGUGUGUGUGUGUGUGUGCAUGUUGCACUUGCCAACAUGACCACCAGAGGGCACCAGAGGCUUGUUGCGGGAAUGGGGUGAAGUCUGCCAUCUCUGAUUGUCUUGAUAUGAAUUUUCUACAAUUUUUACUUCAAAGCUAAUAAGAAAAAUCUGAAUCUACAGUAAAAAGGGCUCCUAACUCACAUAGUAUUAAGUAUUAAGUAAUCAUUAGAGCAUAUCGACAGACUUUGAUGACCCAGGUGUAUUAAGGCUAUCAGCCAAGGAGCUUGUGUUUUCAUUCCUAUUUUCUCUGAAAUCUUUGAAAAUAGUGGAGGUGGAUCAGUGGGUGUGUGGCACACCUAAAAUAGGGUAACCACAAUUUUGUUUUAUUUUUAUGAUAGCAAUUAUUUUAUGCAAAGUCAGUCAGUCAUCAUCUAACCGCUUUAUCCUC